UGAGAAGUAGGGCCUUGGGGGGCAGAGCUAUAAAAACCGCACUAUAUAUUAAACUCUUGAACAAAUCCAUGAUACGAUGACAAGAUAUUGGUGACUGAUGAUUUGAAAGCAAACUCUCUCGUUUGAUCUGGUACUGAACAAAUGUUCAACAUUCGGAAUGAACGCGAGCAACUCAUUUGUGGAUUUGUAUGUUGGAUUAAGGCUUUUUACCACUUUUGAAUACUUGGUUAAUCAGUUUGAAUCGCGUACCUGAGAAGUGCCAAUUGUAUAAAAUAGCGAAUUGUGUAAACUUAAAAAAUUGCUGGAAAGACUUGAUUGAAAACAUGCGCGCUUUUUAUUUUACUUGAAAGUAUCAUCCAUGCUAAAACUAAGAAAAUUAGGCCUAGAGAACUUACAUUGAAGCAACGUAAAAAAAAACAAUUUGGAAUUAAAAUUUCGUAUGUUGGCUAAUAACGUAGUGAAAUUCUGACGUGAGAGUGGCGAGCGCGAAGAAAGCGAAUGGUAGAGAGACCAUUUGUGACCGAGUUAUGCACUUUCUUUACGUCGUAUACGUUGCUACACAUUUAAUCCGUAGGUUCCCGAUUUGAGGUCAAAACAAAUAUGAGCGGAUAUUGGUGUAUAAUUUUCUGAAACUACCGCUCAAAUCCGCAUUCGUCCUGCGUGUUCUUGGACGUGUUCAAACGAACAAAAAUGUGUUGGCAAGUAGAGGCAAAAUGAACCCACUCGCAUAUACUCGCGGUAUAAACGUUCUUAAAAUUCUCAAGAAUGUCAUGCUUCGUACAGUUGAUUUUUUGAAACUUUGAUAGAUAGUAGUGCUCUGAUUGUUUUUGUUUUUUAAGCCGUAAUUUGCACCCUGUUUAUCAUCUGUCAAAUGACCACUGUUGAAUAGUGCACUGGAUAAAUUUGCUAAUCAUUUUUAUCAAAAUGCCACUAGCUCACCGAGAAGUUUUGCAGUUGGGCCUGCUUUUUUUAUGUGUUCCAUUACAGUAUUUGCUUUCUGGGCACCUCACUAAUCGGUCACAAGCAAUUCUUCAUGUUGUGAAUGAUUUCAGACAUUUUCGUGAUAAUUGGUUGCACACUGAACCAUGGAAAAACCGUUUUGUCCAAUUAGUUUCAUGGGUUUUGAGAGGUUUUGUUCGCCCUUCAAAUCCCAUUGAAGGCGUGCGAGUUAAUGGUCCAGAAACGUCUUUAGCAAUAGAAGUCCUUCAGUACAGAGAACGAGCUGGGUUUUUCGGUUCUUCUCAAGAAGUUCGGUCUGAAAGGCCAAAACAUUUACGUUUCAGAGUUGGUCAAGUAGUACGUCAUCGUAUAGAGGGAUUUCGAGCUGUGAUUGUAGGCUGGGACUUGCAUGCAAAGGCCCCAGAAUCCUGGCUCAAUUUAAUGUAUGGUGAAAGUAGAGUAUUAAGAUUCUGGCCCCAUUAUGCUCUUCUAAUUGAUAGGCGUGAUCGCAAAGGUUCUCAUCAGACUUAUGUAGUUCAAGAGCAACUUGAAUUAAUGAAGAACACAGAGGUUCGACAUCCUGAUAUUGGGAAGAAAUUUGCCUAUUUUGAUGGAGCGCAGUACAUUCCACAUGGAAAAUUGAAGCGUCUAUACCCAAAAGAUUGAAACUAACCCUUUGUGUUGACUUAUGGGUGGGAUUUUGUUUGUGAUAUUUUAAGUAAAUGAAUCUUGCACAUAGUGUGUUUUUCUGAGCUUUGUGAUAUGUUACUUCACUAAUAGAUGUUUAUAAAUUGAAUCAAUUUGGUAUGAAGGAAAUAAACACAUGUUCUAGAAACAUAUUAUGAAAGCUUUUAAUAUCUUCAACUUGUGAGGCUUUUUGUACGUUUUUGUAAUGAAAAUAUACGUUAUUUAGUGGUUGUAACUUCAACUGUAAAAUACUGAACUUAUUUCCUUCAUACAGUGUGUGAUGUUUCUAGUUUGUGGGUAAAAGGGAACAUAAUGUGAAGUUCUAUGCCCAUAUCUGUACCUGUUUAACCGCCCAUAAAGACCUGCAAGAUGAAAAUCAAAGCUAAAAAUUUAAAUAUGUAUGAAUAUGAAGUGAAAUUGUUAAAAUUGAUUGCUUGUUGAAUUCUUGUUUACUUUCAUUAUUUGUACAUACUUUCCAGAAGAAAUUGUUUUUAACCGUGUUAGGAUAUGUCAUGGAUAAUGGUGUGGGUAAAUGCUCAAAAGAAUUCUGGUUUUAUUCAUGAUAAUUUCUCUAAGACACCAAAGAAGCAAAAGUAUUAUUCACUGUUAUAUCAGAAAUAUUUUAUCUUUGUUUGAAAUUUUGUGGAUACUUUUGUACAGUCUUUUGAAGGGCUAUAAAAAAUAAAUUAAUGUUAAUAAAAAAUGAUGUUUUUAAAAAA